UUUAAUUUUGAAGGUUGACCGGAAAUAAAUCUCGUGUGGUAAACAGAUCGCAACUGCUGCAAAACUCCUUCAAAAGGCGACCGAAGCUGCAGCAUGUUUUCUGCUGCGCGGGCCGCCCGCCGCUCUGCCGGAUGCUGCAGGAGCUUCUGGAAGUCUUCUGUUCGUGAAGGCUUCCAGCAGGCCAACCUGCUCAUCCUGCCCAGCCACCUGGCCAAUGACUUUGAGGACUUCUGCCGUAGAAACCCCGCCCCACUGCCACUUCUGUACCGCAGCAAACCAGGAGAGACUUCCUGUCCACCUCUGGCCGGCGGUGCUGAUGUCAGGACGGAUGUCUCUCAGUAUCGUGUGUAUGAGGAGGGUCGUCUGGUAAAAACCGUCUCCAGUCUGCAGAGUUACAGUCAGCACAGCUCUUCCCCGGGUCUGAUGUCAGAGAUGGUGAGCUUCUAUCUGGGCUGCAGCUUCGGCUUCGAAGGGAAACUGAAGGAAGCCGGCAUUCCUGUGAGGAAUGUGGAGCAAGGCAGGAACGUCAGCAUGUACAGGACUUCCAUUCGCUGCAUCCCUGCAGGAGCCUUCCACUGCCAUCUAGUGGUCACCAUGCGUCCAGUCCCAGCGGCUUUGCUGGACACAGUAGUGGGGGUCACUCACCUGAACCCACUCGCCCAUGGAGCUCCCGUGCACAUAGGAGACGCAGCUCUCUUAGGCAUUCAGGACCUGUCCAAACCAGACUAUGGGGAUCAGGUGGACCUGCAGCCCGGUGACGUUCCUGUGUUCUGGGCCUGCGGCGUCACUUCCAUUGAGGCGGUGCUGUGCAGCAAGCCGCCUUUGGCCUUCAGCCACUCCCCAGGCUGCAUGUUCCUGACUGACAUCCCAGACACUCCGGACUCCGUCAACACCCCUGAGCUGGUGCCCCUCUGCUUCCCCGUAUCCUACAAUCCUUUGCUGUACAGCCUGGCCUCAAAGGUGGCGGUGGAAAAAAUCCGUCAGCUAGAGAUGAUCAUUGGAGAAGAUCCAGGUCAGCGGGGCAUCCGAGCUUUGUUCGUCCAGGAUGAACUCCUGCGCUCCUGCCUCGCUCUGUCUCACUCCUCCUCUGUCGCCAUAACAACAGGAUUUCCCACACAUUACAUGCACAGCCCCCCUGAUGAGACAGACGGCCCUCCUGGAGCCAUCGCCAUAGCAACCAUGUUGCAGUCUCUGGGAAAAGACGUGACGCUGCUGACGGACAGGAGAGCUGUGGAGAUGACCGGUGCCAUGGUGGAUGACGCUGUGAAGACAGGCGUGCUGAAAGCUGCCAUCCCAGUGGUCACUUUUGAUGGCAGCGGCCCCAAGGCGGCGCAGGACUUCCUGUGUCCCCACGGCGACACCAGCAAACCCAGGUUUGACCACCUGGUGGCGAUAGAGCGCAGUGGACGAGCCGAGGAUGGAAACUAUUACAACAUGAGAGGAAUCAACAUCAAGCAUCUGGUGGAUCCCAUCGACGAUCUGUUCAUCGCUGCCAAGACGAUCUCAGGAGUCUCAACCACGGGAGUAGGGGAUGGGGGGAACGAGCUGGGGAUGGGCAAAGUGAAGCAGAAGGUGAAGAGCCUGAUGCCCAUGGGAGACCUGGUGGCCUGCGACGUUCCUGCUGAUUUUGCCAUCACUGCAGGUGUUUCAAACUGGGGAGGUUACGCUGUGGCCUGCGGGCUGUACCUGCUGCACACCUGUCCGUCUCACCGCCGCUACCUGAGGAAAGGUCUGGGACAGGAAGCUGCAGCCACCAGUGAGCAGCUGCAGGACUGGAGCUCCUGCCUUCCAUCUGUGGAGAAGGAGGAGACCUUCCUGUCCACUUUGGUGCGUUUGGGAAUACGGAGUGGAAAAACUGGGAACCUGGGCAUGGAGGUGGACGGCCUGACCUUUCACCCCAUUCACUCCAGUCUCAUCAGGAGGCUGCUGGAGGCCACGCUGCCCCCCGCCCAGAUGAGUUGAGCUCAGGCUCAGGCGUUUAAAGGGUAACCAAACCCUAAAUCAACUCUUUUAACCUGUUGACCUCUUUAAACUGGGCCUUAAAAGUGUUGUCUGUUGGUCAAAUUGUUGAUACAUUUAAAUAAAAUGGUUUAAUCCUUGAAAAUAUAGUCAAAAACCAUCUAUAUGAUGCCCCUACAGGUUGAAUAGAGGUAUUGCAGCGGUGGGCGGAGUCAGUCUCCAACUUCCCUGUUUGGUUACCCUUUAAACGUUGCAGGAGGUUAUGCAAUGUUGCUCUUGUUGCCUUUUAGCUUGGUGCUUUUGUUUUCUCAUGGAAGCAGCUGUUUUCCUUACUAAUGAAAACACCUGAGAAGAACCCAUUUUAUAUUUAAACCUGUAUGUUGAACACGUGUGAUUGUUUCCGCAUUUUCGGACUGAAAUCUGUAAUAAAUCAUUCCCUCUCUGUGAAGA